AUGGAGAAUCGGAUGAUCGACGACUUGAGCUUCGCCAGCUCUAGAAAAAGGGCUAACGCAUCAAAUACGAUGGAUAAAACUCCAACUCGGCAGUCGAUAUGCCAGCUUCAAGAGGAUAAAAGAGUCCAAAAAUUGCUCGAACAGAUAGAAAACAGAAAUUCCCCUGUUCGAAAGAAAGAUCGUCCGGAGCCGCACAACUCGCCGUUAAAUUUCCAUCUCAAACUGCGAAAACACGAGCAGGUGAAAGGCUCGCCAAAAUCUCGUCCAAAAACGCCAACGAAGGCCAGCGGGCCGAAUCUGAUCUCGGGCAGCAGACAACGAGUUGCCUCUGCUCCAUCGCCGAAGCCAUCGUCAAGAGCACCAGUAGCACCUAAAAGUCCUCGCACGCCGAGGAAUCAGCGACCGACGACGCCAAAGUCGAAGAGUGCCAAAAGUGUUCGAAUGUUGCCGGAAUCUCCUAAAGUUCAAAAGACACAGCAGGACUUAAAUUCAGCUUUCACCGAUGAGACUCCUCGGCCAGCGAAGAAAACGCCUCUCAAGCGUCAUCAAACUCCUCCAACAUUGGCCCCGACGAAUGCUAAACUCACCGUUCACAGUCCCAUCGAACCAUUUGAUAAUUCCGUGAAAGUUGCAAUUCGCGUUCGCCCGUUAAACGAAAUUGAAUCGACGGAAGAGAACCAAUCGUCACUAUUCUUGUCGGACUCCUCGUCGAAUACGAUUCUAGUUCCGCGACCUCGUGGGCCAGAUCGAUCUUUCUCAUACGAUUCUGUUUUCUGGACUGCUAGUUCACAGGCGCAAAUAUUCUCGACAAUCGGUGAGCCCAUGGUCGACUCGUUGCUCAAGGGAUUCAACAUUACCAUCUUCGGCUACGGUCAAACAGGAUCAGGAAAAACCUUUACGAUGAUGGGCGAUAAAAGCGCGGAACAUCAGGGAAUCAUUCCACGGUUUUAUUCAACACUUUUGACUCAACUCGACCAGAUGAAGGAAUCCAACGCGAUUGAAGCUGCUCAUUGCGAGAUUUCAUAUUUUGAAAUCUACAACGAAAAGAUUUACGACCUUCUGAAUCCGCCGCCAAAGCCUCCGAAGCGCAAAGGACGACCAGAAUUUCAAGCGGGUCCUUUGUUCUCAAAGCCUGUUCCGACAAAGACAUCUCUUUUCGUACGCGAGGCACCAAACAAGAGUGUCUAUGUUGCUGGCUUGACGAAGAAGCUUGUGUCUUCUGAGAGCGAUGCUGAAGAGUAUCUGCGUCUCGGAAAUGAAGAACGAGCGACUGCGGCUACUGGAAUGAAUGAGAAAUCAUCGCGAUCUCAUUCAAUCUUCCAGAUUUACAUCCGAAUCAAAGCAAAGACAGAGACUGGCGCGCAACGAUCUAUCAACUGUACAGCGAGUUUGAUAGAUCUGGCGGGCUCUGAAAGAACUGAUCGAGCGAAAACAACCGGUGUUCGGCUGAAAGAGGGAGCCGCGAUAAACAAGUCGCUUCUUACCCUAGGAAUUGUCAUAUCAGCUCUGGCGGAGAAAAACAAUGGCAAUGAGAAGACGUACAUUCCUUACAGAGAUUCGGUCCUGACGUACUUGUUGAAGGAUUCGCUUGGAGGAAACUCGAGGACAGCGAUGAUUGCUAGCGUAAGCCCAGCAGCAAGUAGUUUGGAAGAAACUCUAUCCACACUGAACUAUGCGAAGACUGCAAAAGCAAUCGUCAACAAAGCGACAGUAAACGAAGAGAUAGAGGCAGCGACCAUCAGAGACCUACAGCGUGAGAUAGAGUUGCUAAAGAAGAACCACACUUAUUCCAGAGAGUACGUCAUGCAAGAGAAGCAAAAGUACGAGGAAGAAAUACAGCGACUAAAAGCGCAGUCAGAAGCUGAGAAAAUGGAGUGGGAGAAUGAACUGCAAAGCUUGCGUAGUAAGAAGGUGCGAGAGGAUUUCACGAUUGGACAGUGUCCUCAUUUGGUGAACAUUUCUAACGAUCCUUCGCUCACGGGCUUUUUACUGUUCCUUAUUCCAGAGGGAACGGUCACAGUUGGUUCUGGCGAUAACUGUGAGAUACACAUCAGUGGAAACUUGAUUGAACAGCAUCAUUGCGUUCUUACGAGAGAGCAAGACGAUGUUUCGGUUAUUCCUAAAGAUGGAGAGACAUAUCUAAAUGGUCAUCUUGUCAACGAGACGAAAAAGCUUGAAGGGGGCGAUCGUUUGGUAUUUGGAUCAACGCAUUUCUUUUGCUUCAGAAAUUCAUCAGCGGAAAAAGGCACCUUAGACUUCAACUUGGCGAAGAAUGAGCUCUUGGCGCAGCAAAAAUUGGCACUAGAAGGAGAGUAUCAGAGCAUGCUUGAGCGAAAUAAGCUAGAAGCAGAUGAGCAGAUUGCACUCAUUCGUGAGCAGCUCGAUGAAGGUAACGAGGUCAACGACGGCGAAGAUUCACUUGAAAUCAUUCUGAACAGUCUCAAAAACCGAAUGGACGAGACCAUGCACGAGCCAACAGUUAUGCCACAGAAUCAUUUCGAAACUGUUCAGCUGGUCAAGGAAGCAAACAAGCUCGUUGGCGAGGAUCGUAAAAUGAUUUUUGAAGUUUCUGGAGCCGAUAUUAUUAAGGCGACCAUGGGCAGUCAAACGAGCUUCUUUGGAACUGAGAAGCUCAAAGGACAUUUGAGCAAGCACCUUAUAGAAGCCGAGGAUGACCCCGAUGCUAGUCUAACUUCGCUGAUUCUUGCCGAUGCGGGUACGCAAUGGGAAACUCCUCUGAACCGAGAAGAUGUUGCGAUGAACGUUGGUACAUCGAUGAAUGGAACUAUUGGUCUAAAUCGAUCUCGAAGAAAGCAGAUCUCCAGAAAAGUAUCCUUCCUAGCGAUGAGAAGCGGUCUUGAAGCCACUCUUGAUCCACAAGAGGACGAAGAUGACGAGUGUGACAUGAAGUCAGCAGCUGGGGUUUACAAAUCUUUGAUGAAAUUUCAAUCAACACCAAUUGGCUCUUCCGACGAUGGAAUCACUCAAUGUCUGACAUCAAUUCAAGAAAUUUAUAUGCAUCUUGAUGGCUCCAGAGUUCCGGACAAUACUUAUCUUGCUCGCAAAAUGUUCGAAAUGAGUUCAAUCCUUCAAAAAUCGCUUCUCAUUGGCCCCUGGCUCUUCAAUCAAGACUUCGAACCUCAGUACCAAGAAGAAUUAAAAGUCAAAUAUCACAAGUUGCAAAAGAACGAAGAAAUUCUGAUGCGUUUCAUCGUAAGAAUUCUCGACGAAGAAGAUGAAUUUCAAGAUCACGCGCGUGCGAAGUGCUUAGAUUUAACAAAAAAUCUCGGAACGAUUAUUCGCGCUGGACCUUGGGAUCACACAAGCAUCUUGGAGAACAUCAAGUCGAAGAAAUUAAAGAAAGCGUUCUCACAGGGUUUCCGAGUUAUUGCUGAUGAUGGUCAGCCUACAUCAUGGAAAAGCUCCGUUGCGACAGAAGAAGUCAGCACAGAGUUUGUCGAAGAAUCGACAGAACAAGAUCAGAUCGUCAAAGACUCAUCCUCCAUCGGAUUCCAGUCAAUUGUUGACAGUAUCUCAGAUCUUUCAUCUCAGCCUUUUCAAAGUCUUGCUUCUUCUUUACCAGAAAAAAAUGAGGUCGAGCAAAGUCUUCUCAAAGAAUCUGCACUUAACAAACUGGUAUCGGAUAGAAUUGACAAGCUGAUGGAUGGCACGACGACAACGAUGGCAACUCACUAUGAACCAACAAGCUGA